ACUUUUCUAAUCAAAGUUUUCAGCUUCCGAAAAUCACGUGCUUCAAAAUACGCGGCCAAGAACUCGCGGCGUGGGCGCUCUCCCUCCCUGUAAAAAUAUUUUCUCUCGUUCGGCCAUAGAAUUCGUCACUCGUUGUCAAUUAGGCUGUGAAUUCCAUUCGCCCGAUAUAGAAUUCGCGGACCAUUUGCGCGCCUUCACGUACGAGAUGACUUGUAUUCUCCCGCUUUAGUCGCUGUCGCCGGUGGAGCUUGAUCUUCUUCCUUCCAUAUGGUAGGUACCUUAAAUCCGAAGCUUUCACGUGCUCUCUGUUCUCUGGAUCUCGUCAAAAGUUGUUACCUUUUUUACUUAGGAUGACUCGUCUCACAGGUUGCUACUUGGCCCGAUGAAAUGCGCUUGGACUAGUGCUGUGGAGAACUCGUUAUGGAAGAUUCUGCAUUCACUCGAGGCAGUGAUAAUGCUGUUCUCUCCGAAAAAUUUCUCACAUCCACCAACCAAAAUUGUGGGGAGAAAGAGAUUACUCCAGUUCCCUUUGGAAAUUUUAUUAAUGAGUCUUGUACGAAAGCUGAGAAUGGGUGCCAUGGUCCUUGUAGAUCAACUUACCCAUUAGAUCACCUGCUUGGCGCUCUCUGGAUCUAAGCCGGACCCGUGUGUGCCUCUGCGGCAGGCGUUGGACUUCGGUGGAUUUAUGUUGUUGCAGCUAGUUAAGCUCCAUAAAUCUCAACAAUCAUCCACUUGGAGACUUGAUUGCACCCGACACUUCUCCAGAUCUUGUGUUGCUUCUCCAAAUCUGAGAAAAUCCAACUUUACAUCAGCUUGUCUGUCAGCAGAAGCCCUUAGAAGUGUCGAGACUGGAAUGUCUGACAGGGUAGUGCAGCCUGCUCCCACAGAAAGAACAACCAACGCAAGCACAGGAAAGAUAACAGAUUUCUCUAGCUCCAAUCAUCUGGUAAAAACAUGCAGCAGAUGGGUUAAGCGUCUCCAGCACAAGGAUUCUGAAACUCUUUCUCCCUGCACUAAAAGGUACAAAAAGUGUGAUUUUUCUUCCAGCGAAAUGCAGAAUAUGCACAGAAGUAGAAUGCAGAACUAUUAUACAAUGAGCCAUGAUGUCAAUAGAUGCAUGGAUGAACACAAAAUUGAGAAAACUAUGACUUUCUCAGAAAUUGGCAGCUCUUCUUUAGGUGAAAUAGAAGAGGUUUUACAAUCAUGGAUUAGGAGAUGGCGCUGUAAUGGUCAUCAAAUAUGCCCAGCUGCAUCAAUGCCAAUCGCACCAGUGGCAUUCAACCCAUCUGAGAAGUUAGAAGGUAAAAAAAUUGCAAGCAUUGAAGCAAUGGCAUUAAUGGGAAAGGCAAUAAAUAAGUGUAGGCCGUGUAGGAUUCGGAGACGGGAGGCAUCUUUAGAAUGGACUUGUUAAGAAUGGCAUUGUAGUUGUCAAAGAAAAGUUGGUAUUUUGCUUUCUGAGUGGUUAAUGGCUAGGGAAAGUAUCAAACAAUGGCAGCUGGGCAAGAAAGGUUGCUGUUUUGAGAUCUGGCAGGCAAUCAAAGUUGGCAGUUGUGUGAUCCAACUUCUUUUGUUUUGAAUUUUAAACCUAAAACUUUAAGUUUUGUCUUUUUUUUUUUUGUAAAAAGUGAGAGAGUGGAACUAUUCAUGGUU